CAAGCACUGAGAGAAAGAGAAAGAGAGAAAUUAACCAUGUGAGCGUGUUGUAUUGACAUGGGGAAGAUGCAACUUUAUUAACACAACAUCAUGUUCAUCAUGUUGUGUCCUUUUACACAAACACUUAACUCUCCACAUCUUUCAGAAUUCUACACUUUUCCAGUUUCUAUUUCUCUCUUUUUCCUCUCUCCUCUUCUCAUGAUUUAGAGUACAUACUUGGGUUCUGUAUUAUCAGUGUCGUGUAUUGUAGAUUGGUCAACUCUUUUCUUUCCUUUGCUUGUUGCUACACAACACCUAUAGCUUUUACUACAACAAUCUUUCUUUCUUCCUAUAAAUAAAGUGUUCUUUGCUCAACUUCUUCGCCAUUCUAUCUUCCUCACUCAAGAACCCCAAAUUCAAACUGAAUAAAACAGAGACCUUACUUGCCAAUGUGAAAUAUCAUGUACACAAAUUUGUAGAUUGUGGAGGUGCCUUGAUUCUAAGUAACCUCAACAUGUCUGAUUCCUUCACUAGCUUUUUUCCUGCCACUCCAAAUUCCACCCAUGAUUCCCAUGCUCCUCUUAAUAUGACUACAAUCUCCUCAAUAGCCCAACAACCAUGUUGUAUUUGCAACCAUUGCAGCAAUCUCCUCACCUUCAAUCACCAUGUUGCUCAUGUUGUAGCAGAGGAAGGGUCAUCAAGCAAUGGAGGGUCCCAUUUGCAGCAACAGCACAGCUCUAGGUGGAGUCCAACACCAUUACAGAUAUUAGUCCUUGAGGAAUUGUACAGGCAAGGCAUGAAGACACCAUCAGCUGAACAAAUCCAGCAAAUCGCUUCGCAGUUGCGCCGGUUUGGCAGGAUCGAAGGGAAAAAUGUGUUCUACUGGUUCCAGAAUCACAAGGCGAGGGAGCGCCAGAAGCGUCGCCGCCGUGAGAUGGAGGGAAAUGUUGCUGCUUCUGGUACACAAGGGUUAAAAGAGACAGGUUCUGGUGUAAAAGAGGCAAAGAAGUGGGCAUCCACUUCAAACUGCAGUGGACAUGCAGAGGAAUCAGCUGCACUGGAAAUUAUAGCAGAAAAGGGAUCUAUUGAGUUGGCUCAAUUAGCAGAAAUACAAGCUAAGUGCCAAAAUAUGGAAAUGCCUUUUUUCCUUCCCAUUUCAAUGGAAGCUACAACUUCAGAAUCAGCACAAUGCAGACCACGCCACACACAACUUUUGACCCAUGAGACCUAUAAUUUAACAUCUGUGCUCAAUAGAGAAAGUUAUUUCAGCUAUUAUAAUGAAGAAAAUGAAGAUCCUAGGACACUAGACCUUUUUCCAGUUAAGAGGGAUGACCAAGAUGGCAACUGUUUCGAUGAGAAGAAAUCUAUGUUCUGUGCCAAUGCUUCCAUGGACUCUGAAGUCAAUUCCAACCAGUUUUAUGAGUUUCUUCCUCUAAGAAACUGAAAAAAGCUGGUAUAUACCAUGUGAUUUUAGAAUAUGUAUGCAGUUGCUAAACCUUUUUUUUUUUUGCUACAAUGACUAAUUUAUAAUAUGCAUGACAUGUCUAUUUUUGUUGGGACUCGCAAAUCUUUGGUUCCUUAUUCUCUCUUGCUACUUCAUGUAGAAAUGACCAAACCUGGGAAUUUGAUUGAACCAAACA